UGACCAGGAAGUGAGAUAAACAACCGUACUGUAAAAUAUGGACUAGGGUUUUUAUUUUGGUCGAUUUCAAAGUAAUCGCGGUGGAUGUAAUUUUCAGAGAGGUAUUAUAGGAUCUAGGCGUUUAUACCAUACGGGAAAUGGCUGGAGAAUGAGUGCGGCAUUGUUUGACACAUUGAGUGGGCCUGUCACCAUGUUCCUCCCCACUGCCUGAUGUCCAUUCUCACCACGUCUGUUACCAUGGACAUAGAGGAGUUUCUACAUCCUGAGGGACCUCAGCUGAGGAGUCCCAAAUACAGCACCCCCAGUCCUCCUCUGCCGAACUCUUUGGAGAGUCAGCUGUGUACCCCUAAUUCAUGGGCGUUCUCUCAACAUUCAACAGUCAACCUGCGCUAUCCUAUGCAAUCUGGGAGGCCGUUUCAGUCAAGCUCCUUGACUGUUGCAAACGUGGAUCCAUGCAACACAAGCUUACAUGAUAUUGACUUGCCAGAUUUCCCUGUGGAUCUGCCAUGUAUAGACGACCUCUCCAACACGUCCCUGUUCCCCUCCUCUCCUGACUCGCUGUCCGAGUUUCCUGACCCUCAGAGCAGCGUGGCACCAGCUCUGCCAGAGAACAGAGUCUGGGACCCGAUUCUACACGGGCUGAACCAGAGAGAGAGCCUGAGCAGGUUUACAGGCUUUAGUAGCCUGGAGGACAUUGCAGCCAUUCUCAACACCUCACAGGUAUGAGAGUUCAAGCUGCCUACUCAGCCUGCUCAGCUUCAGGUGGAAGAGGAAGAGGAAGCAGAUGAGGAAGAGACAGAAGAGCUCGGACACGUGGAUACAUAUGCAGAGUAUAAGCCAUCUAAAUCCACUAUUGGAAAAUCUCAUCCGGAUAUUGUUGUGGAAACCAACACACUUUCCAGCGUACCUCCCCCCGACAUCACUUACACCCUGUCAAUCCCAGAGAGCACCAUCAACGAUGGCUUACUCUCCGCCUUACAGCUGGAGGCCAUUGUCUAUGCCUGCCAGCAACAUGAGGUGAUCCUGCAGAAUGGACAAAGAGCAGGAUUUCUUAUUGGAGACGGAGCUGGAGUUGGGAAAGGCCGAACAGUGGCUGGAAUUAUACUGGAGAACUACUUAAAGGGACGCAAAAGAGCAUUAUGGUUCAGUGUAUCUAAUGACCUGAAGUAUGAUGCAGUGAGAGAUCUCAAUGAUAUAAAGGCACCCAACAUCAACGUUCAUGCUUUAAACAAGAUUAAGUAUGGAGACACAGCUACCUCAGAAGGCGUUCUAUUCGCCACCUACUCUGCUCUGAUUGGUGAGAGCCAGGCAGGUGGGCAGCACCGCACUAGACUCAAGCAGAUACUGGACUGGUGCAAACCCAACUUCGACGGCGUCAUUGUGUUUGAUGAAUGCCAUAAAGCCAAAAAUGCAACGUCCACUAAGAUGGGCAAGGCUGUGCUGGACCUGCAGAACAAGCUGCCCUUGGCCAGGGUGGUUUAUGCCAGUGCCACAGGUGCCUCUGAGCCAAAGAACAUGAUUUAUAUGAGCCGACUGGGAAUCUGGGGGGAGGGAACGCCCUUCAAGACAUUUGAUGACUUCCUGCAUGCUAUUGAGAAGAGGGGUGUGGGUGCCAUGGAGAUUGUUGCCAUGGACAUGAAGGUUAGCGGGAUGUACAUCGCACGGCAGCUCAGCUUCUCUGGCGUUUCGUUCCGCAUCGAGGAGAUAGCACUGGACGAGGAGUUCAAAGUGGUGUACAAUAAAGCUGCCAGACUGUGGGCUGAAGCUCUGGACCUGUUUGAGAAAGCAGCUGAUACACUGGGUCUGGUCUCACGGAAGUCCCUGUGGGGACAGUUCUGGUCUUCGCACCAGCGCUUUUUCAAAUACCUCUGCAUCGCCGCCAAAGUGAGACGCCUUGUCGAGCUGGCCCAGCGAGAGCUGAACGAGGGAAAGUGUGUUGUGAUUGGGCUGCAGUCCACUGGAGAGGCCCGCACACGGGAAGUCCUGGACGAGAACGACGGACAUCUGGACAGAUUCGUUUCCGCAGCCGAGGGUGUGUUUCAGUCACUGGUUCAGAAGCACUUUCCCUUGGAAAAACCCAAGAGAGAAAAGACUUCUGGAAACAAGAGGAAACGUAAGCCUAGGGGCCGGCCGUCCAAAUUCCCGAAGCACUGCGUGGAGGUGGGAGGGGUGAUAAAGAUCAGUGAUGACAGCAGCUCAGACUACGAGGAGCUGGACAGCGAAUCAAACUCCUCCCCGGACUCACCUCAGGACAACGAUGAUGUCAUCUUUGUCAAUCACAUCAAUGGACCUGUUGCAAAACUGGAGGAGCUGAAGCAAGGACUACUGUAUAAGAUUGCUGACCUAGGCAAAGAGCUUCCUCUAAACACUCUAGAUGAGUUGAUUGACAGAUUUGGAGGACCAGAGAAAGUGUCUGAGAUGACGGGGCGUAAAGGUCGCGUGGUCCGGAGGCCUGAUGGCAGUGUACGUUACGAGUCCAGGGCAGAACAAGGUCUUACGAUAGACCACGUCAACAUCAAAGAGAAAGAACGCUUCAUGAGUGGAGAGAAGCUGGUGGCCAUAAUCUCUGAGGCUGCCAGUUCAGGUAUAUCACUUCAGGCGGAUAAACGAGUGCAGAACCAGCGAAGGAGAGUGCACAUGACCCUUGAGCUACCGUGGAGUGCUGAUCGCGCAAUUCAGCAGUUCGGACGGACACACCGCUCGAAUCAGGUCAAUGCUCCAGAGUACAUCUUCCUGAUCUCUGAGCUGGCGGGGGAGAGACGCUUUGCGUCCAUCGUAGCGAAGAGACUGGAGAGUCUGGGGGCACUGACUCACGGCGACAGACGGGCGACAGAAUCCAGAGACCUGAGCAAAUACAACUUUGAAAAUAAGUAUGGCACUAAGGCUUUGGAUAAGAUCACCAAAGCCAUCCUCGGACACAUCGAGAACAAAGUCCCACCACCUAAAGGCUAUCCUGGAGGAGACAUCUUGUUUUUCAGAGACAUGAAGAAAGGAAUGAUGAAUGUAGGCAUCUUCUGUAAAGAGCCACGCUAUGGUAUAAACACUGAGAAAGACUGUACCAUCACUAAGUUCCUCAAUCGCAUCCUGGGUCUGGAGGUGCACCAGCAGAACUUCCUGUUCCAGUACUUCACUGAUAACUUUGAUUACCUGAUUGAAAAGGAUAAAAAAGAGGGCAAAUAUGACAUGGGUAUUUUAGACCUGGCCCCUGGUAACGAUGAAAUCCAUGAGGAGACACAGGAGAAAUUCCUGACACCAGGCAACCCUCAGGAGGGACAGGUUGUCCUCUACAAGAUAAGCGUGGAUCGGGGCAUGCCCUGGGAGGAAGCCUGCACCAAGGCACAGACCCUCACCGGAGCUCAUGAAGGCUUCUACCUCUCACACAAGCUGCGUGGGAGCCAGCCAUGUGUGUUACUUGCAGAGCAGGGCAGGGGUCACAGUCUCAUCCUUUACAAACCCAAUAUCGGCAAGCAGGCCCAUCCUGAGAGCCUGGAGAACCUACAACUCCGGUACCGCAAGGUGACACCAGAUGAAGCUAAAGAUUGCUGGGAGAGUCAGUUUGAAUUCUCCCUCACAAAAUGCAGCCACGCCAACUGGAAGGGCAGGUGUAAGCAGAUUGAACAGGGAGGGGAGUGUUGGCUAGGCAUGCGUUUACGUCAGUACCACAUGCUAUGUGGAGCUCUGCUCAGAGUGUGGAAACGUGUGGCAGAGAUAGUCUCCGACAUCACCAACUCCAGCAUCCUCCAGAUUGUCCGUCUGAAAACCAAACAAAACUCCAAGCAAGUGGGUAUUAAGAUCCCUGAGAACUGCGUGGCGCAGGUACGCAACGAGCUGCUUCAGAUGGACGAGGAGGUGAAGAGCAACCGUAGAAAGAGGGAGCAGCGGGCUCAGGAGCAGAGAAUGCAGCAGGAGAAACAGGCAAAGGAGAGGUUAAUGUUGGAACACAGAUUUGCCAUGUACAGCAGCCAGGCUCUGGACCGUACCCGUCAGAACUCUGACCCGCCCCCGUACCCCAGAACGGUGCAGCUGCAUCACAAGCUGCUGAAGCGCGAGACCUCAGACGAGAUCCUGGACCUCACCGUCAGCCCGUGUUCCUCCCCCGACCCCGUCAAGGUGACGGACGGAGGCCGGAUGGUAAACGGAGGGUUAGCGAGGAACGGAGGCGUUUCGUCGAACGGAGUGACGUUGAACGGAGGAAUGAUGUUGAACGGCGGAAUGAUGAAUGGAGGGAUGGCUUUAAAUGGAGAAGUGAGUUCAGAGAGGGGAGGGGUCUUUGUGCCCGAGACCUUUGACCUGGAAUCACUGAUCUCUCAGGAACAGCAGCGACAGUGGCAGAACACAUUACAGCAGCAGCAGCAGAAACGCGGUCUGAACACAUCACACCACGGUCAACACGCGCCCCGUAUGCUGCAACGACAGGGAACCUCGCACGCCACGCACGGCAUGUCUCAGAGACAGGGAAACAGCCUGCACCCGGCCUUCUCGCAUCACACGCUGAUAGCACAGUUACAGAGCGGUCUGAGCAAAGCACAGCAAAAGCAGAUGCAGCAAAGACCUAAUACACAGUUACAGAAUAUACACGGCACCCCUGACACACUACGUAUGCGCGCGUUGCAGGGCCCCAAGAAUCCUCACAUGACACACACGCUACACCUGCAGCAGCAACAACAACAACAACAACAUCCUGUUCAGCAGGGCGCUCAGUGCCCGCCUCACACACACUUAAACAGUGGUCACAUGCACACACUCCCACAUCGGAUGCAAGCUAGCGAACACACACCCCUCACCCUGAACCCUCUUCAGCAGCAGCAGCAACAACAACAGCAGUCUCACACCCAAGGCAGUCCCUCCAUGCUGGACAACUCUUCCACUACCACUGACCUCUUUGACUUCUUGGAUUGCCCCUCGCCGGUCCAAGACCUCCCUCUUUCCUUUCCAUUCGCCUCUCAGGCCCAAACCACCUCCUCCUCUCCCUCGCUCUCCUCUCCCUCUACCUCUGGCCUCUUUUCCUCCUCCAUCCCUUCAUCCCUGUCAGACUCCAGGUCUUCGUCCUCGCUCUUCGCCGCUUCGUCCGUGCCGACGACGGCCGACCACCCACCGCAUUCCUUACCCAACGGCCACUGCAGCGCGGACGCCCUGAACAUGCGAGAGAUCCUUCACAAUAUGCUUCAGACUGGUCCUGACCGCCAGUCCGUCAUUCAGUACAAACCAUGGGAUGCCACCUAGU